AUGAACAGAGGAUUGGAAAAGACAAAUUAAUAAUAUUCUCAGUUAACCGAUUAAGGAGAGGAAUCUAACAUUCUUAUAUGUACUUAAGACCCUAUAACUUUAUAUAACAACGUAAAUUUUAAAGGAUGAGCAUAGUUUAUUAAAAUUUAUAACUUAGAUGAUAACAAAGUUAAUGGUAAUACUUUGUAAUACAUGACACCAAAUAAAGUUGUCCAAUUUAUACAUAACUAUUUAAGAAAUUAUUUGGGAAUGUUAGUUUUUUUCUUAAUACUUAUUUUGCUUCCUUUUAUUAAUCUCUUUUUUUACAUCUUGCUUUUUGUGGCUUGGUUUAAAUUACGUUAAAAUUAAUCUAUCUUCUAGUAGAAUUUAAGUAUGAUCAUUUAAAAUAAUUAUUAGGCUUGGUGAUGGAUCCCUUUGCAAAUAUGAUUGAAAAUCCAGAACUUUGUGAAAUGAUGAAUAAAAAUUAUGUUAUAUUUGAUAUGGAAAUUAAAGAAAAUGAAGGUUUGCACUUUUCUACUAGAGUCAAAGAAAUGAUUAAAGAUAGAUCUAAUGGAAAUAAUAAAAUUAAAUAUACAAUUUACAAUACAACAUUAAAGGAAUAAUUUUAUGGAUAUCCAAACUCAACAUUAACAUACAUGUAAUGGAUUGUAAUCUCCACUUUAAUUGUAGCAGCUUAAUUAAUAUUAAUGAUCAUUUAUUUUUCGAAAAUCUGA